GCGCUUCCAAAGGUGACGGAGGAAGGACAGCAGAGGGUUCUUCCAAGGCGAGCGAGUGAGGCAGGAAGGAGGCGUUUUUCCCCCCAGGCCUUGUCGCGAAAGGAGAAUUACCACAAUGUCAGCUGCUUUGUUGGCCAAACCACAGAUGCGAGGCCUUCUGGCCAAACGUCUGAGAAAACACAUGGUAAUAGCAUUUUUAUUUGCUACAGGAUGUGCAGCUUCCUACAAGUUUGGUGUGGCUGAACCGAGGAAAAAAGCAUAUGCAGACUUUUACAAAAACUAUGAUGCCAUGAAGGACUUUGAGCAAAUGAGGGACGCUGGGGUUUUUCAGAGUGUGGGACCCAAAGGAAAAUGAGAUUUGGACACAUGACAACUAAGCAUCACUCUUUCAGAGAACUAUACUACGUGGUUCACCUCAACAUUGAAUAUGCUGUAAUAUUGCUCUCAUUAAAUGAAGUACCUGUCUGAUA